UCGUGACGUCACAAAAAACGCCUGCUGUGUUCAACGCUUGAAUUGCAGACGGCGAAGAGAAGCAUCAGGAAAGCAACUUUUUUUGUUUUGUUUUUUUAAACAGGAAUAACCUAAAAUAAAUAACCGUGGGGGGUAAAUAUGGCUCAGAUAACAGCUGAUGGAGCCGAACCAGACUCUCGGUCAACGUUGGAGCACAAUGACAACGGAGAAACCGUCCGUACCGGCUUCGAGAGACAGGCCGUGUCGGACUCCAAACAGGAACCGGAUAACAAGAACGACAUCGGGCUAGAAAUUGACGUUAGUGGCGACCGAGGUGCUGGAGCGCAAAACGACCACAACUCGUUGCUUGGAAAAGACGAGCGAGACUACGGCAAACUCUCCGAGCCGGCCAAAAGUCCCGCACAGGGGAGUCUUGCGAGUAGCACCGAGUCCGCCCAAGAGGGCUCCCGGGUGCUGAAAGCAGAACAAAGGGAAGGAGGCGACGGCUCUCCCUCGCUGCCAGCGGAGCCCACAAAGGCCGCGGAGAAACACGAGCACGGCGUGAAAAGACGGGCCAGCGUGGAAGUGACCUCGUCCGACGGGGAGCCGCUCAGUCGGAUGGAUUCAGAGGACAGUAUCAGCAGCACUCUAAUGGACAUGGAGAGCAUAGCAUCAAGUGGCCGCUCCACACCAGCGAUGUUUAACAGUCACGGCGGGACUAUGGUUGCGGGCAACGGCCCAAUGCCGGUGAACGGCAAGUCAUUGAGCUACACGUGCUGUUGGGAUCACUGCCAGGUACAUUUUUCCUCCAGUCCCGAUCUGGCCGAUCACAUCCGAGCCACCCACGUGGAUGGACAGAGAGGAGGAGUAUUUGUGUGUCUGUGGAAGGGCUGUAAAGUUUACAACACACCGUCCACCAGUCAGAGCUGGCUGCAGAGACACAUGUUGAGUCACAGCGGCGACAAGCCUUUCAAGUGCGUGGUCGGCGGCUGCAAUGCCACGUUUGCCUCGCAGGGUGGGUUGGCGCGGCACGUGCCCACUCAUUUCAGCUCUCAGAGUUCGUCCAAAGUUUCCAAUCAAGGCAAAAUGAAGGAGGAAUCUCCAUCAAAGGCCGGCCUCAACAAGAGGAGGAAGCUCAAGAACAAGCAUCGACGCUCGCUCCCCCGCCCUCAUGAUUUUUUUGACGCUCAGACCAUGGAUGCCAUCCGCCAUCGAGCGAUAUGCCUCAACUUGGCCACACACAUAGAGAGCCUUGGAAACGGACACAGUGUUGUGUUCCACAGCACGGUCAUAGCAAGGAGGAAAGAAGAAUCUGGCAAAGUUAAAGUCCUUUUGCACUGGACACCUGAAGACAUACUGCCUGAUGUUUGGGUGAGUGAGAGUGACCGAGUGCACCAGAAGACCAAAGUUGUGCAUCUGUCCAAGCUGCCAACUGACACAGCUGUUCUACUGGAUCCCAACAUUUAUAGGAUGUUCUUCUAAGAAUUUCUUCUCGUCCUGAAGUCGAACUACAUACAAAGAUUUUUAGAGAGUUUAGAGACUUAUUUUUGUGGUUAGGAGCUUAAUCUGCGAAGAUAUUUAGGGAUAUUUUGUAACUAGGUUCAGAGGAGUCAGUUUGGACACAUUUGUAGAGAGAAGCAGUCUGUAAAUAUUUGAGAUUUGUAAUAUAUUUUUUUACCUCCAUUUUUUUUUUUAUGGACCGUAGAUGUAUGUACCUUUUCAAACAAACAUAAAAUAGUUGACAUUUUUGAGGCAAUUAUCAGGUUUUGUCAGCACCGUGAAACAAAUCGCCUUAAACUGUCAUUAGUGCUGUACUGCCUUUUUCUCUUUUUUUCUCCAAAAUGUGACCUUUUAAUAAGAGAGCCUCGAAGCAACUGAUCUAUCUGCUGUAUUGUUCCUGUGUGACGUGUGUUUUCUUAGGCAUAUAAAGUUCACAAAUUGAGACUUCA